AUGCCAAGAGAGCAGACGACGGCGAUUACUGCGGGCACGCUGCUUGUGGGCACAGUGCGAUUCCUCAUAGGACAGACAACGGGCCCUUACCUCACACAAGAGGAGGAGGAUCCGUCCGAACUUGAUAACUGCCUCCAAAAUGAUUCAGCGGAGAUGGCUGACAUUCUGACAGUCGAGGUGGCUAGGGCCCAUUCAACUCAUAUUCCGGAGUCGCCGCCUGUGUUGGAGCGGAAUAGUCUCCUACUGGCGCUUCAGCGUGACCGAAGAAAUCUAGUCCUAGAUUCUCUGGAUCCGGAUCAUGUCCCACACAUCGUGAUUUCUCCUCCAGACGACAUAUGGGACCUAUACUGGGCAGCUUGGAUUAACAGGGUUGAUCCUCAGUCGACAAAUCACUUGAUUGUACCACCCCAAGACGUUUCCACUCCCUUAGCAUUUCUACCUCCUUUUGCUGGAGUUCCAAAAGGUCGCGAUGGGAGUGUGGAGUGUGGAGUAUCUCGACAUUCAGAUAUUUUAUCUGGUACGGACAGCCGGACAGUGCUCCCCCACCCACCAAGAGUAUUCAGUCUCUCAAGAUUCCGACAAACUAUCGCCUCCGCGUCGCAGGAGCGGCAGGUUUUGUUCUUUGACUGUGUCAUAACUGCCGUGCAUCGCCAUGCAUUCAAGGCUUGCGCUUUGAUUGUUUGUUCAUUGGCACCUCUUUUCCGUGCCCGAUGGGACACACCUGGCUUCUUGCAACGAUUCGAGAAGCCGUUCCGGUGGUCAGAUGCCGCUGAACCUUUGCUGUCGUUUUACAGGCGGUGUAUCGGUGCUAUCAUCAUUGACUCCACGACGCCGUGCACCACGCCACAUAUCGUCAUCCAGGAGCCUGCGCCAAACAAUCCUUGGGAACUCUCUGCGAACGUCACGUCAAGUCCGCAGGAUUACGGCUACGGUCGCUUCCUGACAGUUCCUGCAUCUUACGUCGACUUCGUGAACGUCGACGAAUCAACCUUCGCGGGCGAAGACUACUGCUACUACAGCGCGUCACCGGCGAGCACACCGUCCCCACGGAGCAUCAGCAAGACCAACGUGCUGGAGCCCCUCACUCCAGACAGGUUCGUAUCCGAGAGUACAGACAGGUCUGUACAACCGCUGCUCACGUCCUAUGCGGACCACGGCCCUUCUGAUUGCGACUCCGUCGCUUGGCCGGCGGGAUGCACGGAAGGGCCGCAGAUAGUGUCCAGAACUGGUGAUCGCUACUAUGCGAUCCCGAUGACGGACGACAUUGACGAUAUCCUCCUGGAGGGAGAGCCCUGCGUUGAACUUUACGGAGCCACUGAGCCAGAGGAGGAAGACGAGGAGGAAGACGUUGAAGUUGAAGGCGAAGAUGAAGGCGAAGACGUUGAACUGGAAGACGGAGGGGAAGACAAAGAUGACCUUCCGCCCUUCGAUGACUGGUAUCAGGAGAUUGCUCAACGGGCUCAUAUGCAAGCACCAACAUAA